AUGUCUGAGAGGAGGUGUUCUCAGGAGGACGACUGCUCCUCUCUCCUCUCCCGGCUGGGUUCGGACUCUCCUCGUCCUCGGAUGAAGUAUGGAGGGAUGUUCUGCAGCGUCGAAGGAGCUUUCGAGAACAAAACCCUGAACUUCGAGUCGUUCAGUCCGCAGACGCAGCGUCGCCGGGCCACUCGCAGCCUUGCUGGCGGAGACGCAGAGAGAGGAGGAGGACAGACGGUGGUGUUUCCCUCCGGACACGCCCGGGAAAACUACGGCAAGAGAGAGGGCGACCGUCUGAUCAUCAAAGGAGGAAAGAUCGUCAAUGAUGACCAGUCGUUCUACGCCGACAUCUAUGUGGAGGACGGGACCAUCAAACAGAUCGGUGAGAACCUGAUCGUCCCGUCCAGCGUGAAGACAGUGGACGCUUACGGGCAGCUGGUGAUCCCCGGAGGAGUCGACGCCAACACCAACCUGCAGGCUGCGCAGAAAGGCCUGAACCCGGCCGACGACUUCUACCACGGAACCAGAGCCGCCGUGUCGGGAGGAACCACCACAAUCAUGGACCACGUGCUGGUGGAGCCCGGGACUAGUUUACUGUCAGCGUUUGAGCAGUGGAGGGAGACGGCGGAGCAGAGGGCGUGCUGCGACUUCUCUCUGCACCUGGACAUCACUCGCUGGCACGAAGGACUGUACGAGGAGCUGGAGACCCUUAUCAAAGACAAAGGUGUGAACUCCUUCCUGCUCUUCAUGGCCUACAAAGACAAAUACCAGAGCUCCGACUCUCAGCUCUACGAGGCAUUCGGGGUCCUCCGGGAUCUUGGAGCCAUCGCACAGGUCCAUGCUGAGAAUGGUGACAUCAUUGAUGAGGAAGAGAAGAAGCUUCUCUGUCUUGGCAUCACUGGACCUGAAGGACACGUUUUAGCUCACCCUGAGGAGGUGGAGACAGAGGCGGUGUAUCGGGCCAUCACAAUCGCCAAACAGGCCAACUGUCCGCUGUACGUUACCAAGGUGAUGAGCAAAUCUGCUGCUGAUGUCAUCGCCAAAGCCAGGAAGAAAGGUAUGGUGGUGUAUGGAGAGCCAAUCACAGCCAGCCUGGCCACUGAUGGAUCUCACUAUUGGUCCAAAGACUGGGCCACAGCUGCUGCCUUGGUCAUGAGCCCUCCUCUUAACCCUGACCCUUCAACUCCACAGUACCUGACCUCCCUGUUAGCAUGUGGAGACCUCCAGGUGACGUCCAGCGCUCACGCCAGCUUCUCCACAGCUCAGAAAGCUGUCGGUAAAGACGACUUCACUCUGAUCCCAGAGGGAACCAACGGCAUCGAGGAGAGGAUGUCUGUGGUGUGGGACAGAGCGGUGUCCACGGGGAAGAUGGAUGAGAACGAGUUUGUUGCAGUAACGAGCACCAACGCUGCGAAACUCUUCAACAUUUACCCGCGCAAAGGACGGAUCGCUGUAGGUUCAGAUGCUGAUAUCGUUGUCUGGAAUCCAAAGGAGACCCGAAGUGUUUCUGCAAAGACUCACAACCUGACGGUGGAGGUCAACAUACUGGAGGGUUUAGAGUUUCGAGGUGUGGCGUCGGUGGUGAUCAGCGGCGGUCGAGUCAUUCUGGAGGAUGGAAAACUCAGCGUGACUGAAGGUUCAGGACGCUUCGUCCCCCGGAAGGCUUUCCCCGACGCCGUCUACAAGAGGAUCAGAGCCCGCAGCAAGAUGGCUGAGGCUCGCGGCGUCCCCCGUGGAAACUACGAUGGUCCCGUCCAUGAUGUCAUCAGUAUGACUAAAUCGGUCCCACCCACUCCAACCACCAGGGGGCCCCCCUGUCCAAAAUCCCAGAUCGCCCCCCGAAACCUCCACCAAUCAGGAUUCACACUGGCAGGAGCUCAGGUUGAUGACCACAUACCUCGCCGCUCGACUCAGAGGAUUGUGGCUCCACCUGGUGGACGAUCCAACAUUACAUCCUUAUCUUAAAGAAGAAGAAUCAAACGGUCACUUUGAGUUUGUCCAACAGAAAACUCAAGUGUCACAUAUACUACAAGAUACAAACCCUACUACAACCUUACAACUAGUACUACACCCUAUAACAAUAGUACUUCAUCUCCAGCUGAACCCCAGUACAAACUUACACAUCUUACAAUGAUAAUACUGUACCUAGUACUUAACUGAAGUACUUCAAGUAGUACUAAACCCUACCUAAACAACAAAGCUAACAUUAAAGCCUACUACAACACUACAAAUUAUAUAACAGUAGUACUGUAACUAGUACUAAACUCUACAACUAACUCGUAUGAAAUCCUAGCAAACUAGUGCCACAACCAAUAACAGUAUACCAAAACCUGCUGCAACCCUGCAGCUAGUAUUAAACACUACAACUUCUACUAAUUAGUUUAAAAACGGUAACAAUAACCAACAGUACUCAAUCCUAGUACUUAACCCUACAACUCAACAACAAGUUAUAAACCUUAUGAGUACUAAAUCUCACUAUAUUUUGUACUUUUACUAUCAAAUCCUACAACAACCAUCCAAGUAGUACUACAUUCUUCAGUAAAGGUACUUUAGCUGGUGCUAAACCCUGCUGGUAGUACAACUCUACAGAUACUAUUAGACCCUGCUAACCCUGCCCUACUAAACAAAGGUACUACAACAAGUACUAAACCCUGAAGACACUAAGCAACACGUAUUAAAUCCCCUGCAACAAUUUUACUUCAACUAGUACUAACUCUAAACUACUAUUUAACCAUAUUGUAGUAGUACUUCAACUGGUACCGAACCCUAGAACAACAGUACAGCUAGUACUAAAGUACAAAAACUUAACCAUACAAUUUAACAACUCGUCAUAAACCCAAUCAGCACUAAAUCCUAAAAUAAUAGUAAUCCAACUUGGACAAUACCCUACAACAAUGGUACACCCUACAAAUACUACUAACGCUACAACAGUGGUACACCCUACAAAUACUACUAACGCUACAACAAUGGUACACCCUGCUACAAAAGCACUACAAUAUUAAAUUUUACUACUUAAUCUUACUAAGAGUAGUACUUUAGAAUUACUAAACCCUAAAAUUAGUACUUAAUUUUAGAAUAAUGAUAUUAUUAUUAAUGGUAUCAAUAUUCUAACUACUUCUAACUCAUACACCUACUGUAGUUCAAGUGGAGUAGCACUGAAUGUUACAACAAUGGUUCUACAACCCUACAAAUACUACUAAACCCUAUAAACCCCCUCAACUGCUAGUAAAUCCUACACCUACUUCAACUGCAGUAGUACUACAACCCAACCACUACUACUAAAUCCUACUACAUUGGUACUUAACUAGUACUGAAUAUUAUUGGUAUGGCUCUUGGAAGUCAUUUGAAGUACUCUAAUCUUAACUCAUGUGUACUCAACAUUUCAUCUACUCGUCACUUCCUCAUGCUCUCUUUGCCUCUCAGUACUCUCUGAUAAAGGCAGUCGUAGUAUUAGUAUUAGUAGAAUAAGUCCAGAACAUACUUCCUGACACGUUCACACCUGAAGACAAACUGUUUACCACCAGUACACCUUUCACACGGUAAGCUGCUGUGGCUGGAUGUUCCCAGAUGUUCCCAGAGGACAACCUAACCCAUCAAAACCCUUCGUCCAUUCCUUCCAGAAACAUAUUCCUCUCAGUGUAAAUGAAAUUCAUAUUGUCUUAACUUUGCUCAACAUUAACAUUUAGUCUGCAAUAUUUCAUGUCUUCAUGUAGUUUAAGGUCUCAGGAUAAUCCAGGUCUACGUCGCUCUGAGAUCUUCCAUCGGUCUGAACCACUUCAGUUUAAAUCUGCAUCACUAUGAGACCAUUAGAAUCAUAUGAAUCCAUAAUGUGCUGGUAGAAAUGAGUCCGUGGCAGAGUGACACGUUCAGUCCUCAUGAUGUUUCUAUUGUUGUGAUUUAGUCUGAACUGAGCCGGACUGCAGAGUUUGUUAUUAAUCCAGUUAUUUGUAGUUAUUGAUGAAGUAAAGAUACAUUUAAAAGUUUUCUCAGAAACCAGAUUUAAACUUUCAGACUGACACUAUUAGACUUUUUGUGAACUAUCAACUGUAAUAAUGGUGCUAAUAUAUCCAGUGGUAGCCUGCAAGUAGCAAACCCUGCAAUACCAUGACCCCUACAGGAUGCAGACAAACUGACCCCGUUUUCAGCUUGUGAUGUCACAGCUGCAGACCGCCUCCCCUUCCAGCUCUGUGACCUCUGAAGGGAUUUUUAACUGUAUUUGAUUUGUAAAGGCUUCAUUUGAUACCAUGAUCAUUUUGUAUUUUUUACAGUUUUUGUAUCCUGGCAGAGUUAGCGUCGGUGAUCGUAGUCCUCCCACACAGCUCAGCCCUGCGCAGUCCACGGCAGCCAUGUUGGUGCUGCAGGUCUGGCGAAAUGUUCAGACGUCAUAAAAGAAGACGGAGACGUUCUGUGACCAGUGGGAUAUUUUGAUUUUGAUACCAUUAUCAGGUCAAUACAGUAAUUCUGAAGCUACAGCCAGCAGCUCGUUAGCUUAGCUUAGCAUAUAGACUGAAACCAGCCGACUCCUUAUUAAUCCCUGCAGAACAGACUGAGCUCCAACAUGGCGGCUGGUUCCUGCAGGCUGACCUGCUCCUGUAGACGUCCUCACAGGUGCACCGGAGCCAACAUGGAGCUCUUUCUAUACGCAGUGAUCCUGUGCAGACAUGGCGGUGUGUAUCUGAAGAGGGGAUCCUGUGGUGACGGUGCAUCUGCUGUUGUUGUUGUUGUUGUUGUUUCUGUGGUGAAUGUGAAACUACUUCCUGCUGCAUGAAUAAAGUGUGAAGAGAAACGCA